AUGUCGGAUUCAGAAAAAUCAAGGAUCAUUGAGCAUAUGAACAAGGAUCACAAGUUCAGUCUUUUUGACUAUCUUGAACAUCACAAGGGAGUAAAGCUGAAUAGAUCUAGUGAUGAUAUAAAGAUGACUGAUAUUUCACUCAAAUCAGUAGAAUUAAACUACCGCAAGAAAGGGUGGGAUUGGACUCAAGAGAACAUCCCCAUUGUGCCGGCAAUGAGCUCUCUAUCCGAUGCAAGACAAUCACUUGUUCUUAUGGCUAAGGAAUCUGCAGGGGCUCUGGGGUACUCAGCUUUUAGAGUGAAAUCAUUCACGCCAAUUCGACCUUUCAGACCUGAUAUUGUUUUUGCACUUGCAAUGCCAUUUUUUAUUGUAUUGAAUUUGUCGCCGGACUUGAUACUUCCUUACAUAUAUAAGCUAUGGCCACAAUUGGGUGCUUUCUUAAAAGACAGAGCGGCGGGGAUCCUUUAUGCUAUUAUUGGGAUUCAUUUUGUGGAGGCAUAUGCUUUGAUGAGGCCCCGCCUCAACAAGUAUCGCGUACCGUAUCCUGCUCGUCUGUUUUGGUACAUUGCUGGUUUCGUUGAAGGAUUUCCAGCUCUCUCCAGAUUCGAUGCCGAAGUUUCUCGCGUUAGUCACUAA